AUGUCCAAAACCAUUCUUGUAACCGGUGCUAACUCCUUCAUCGGUGGCUGGAUUAUCAAAUAUCUCCUUGAUAAAGGUUACAACAUUCGUGGAACAGUUCGAUCGCAAGCCAAAGAAUCUCGAGUUCUUGAUGGUGUUCCAAACAAUCAACAAUGUCGAAUUUCAUUCGUACAUAUUAAUGAUAUCAUGACCGAUUCGUUUGAUGAAGCUGUUCAAGGCGUUGACGGUAUUAUUCAUGUUGCUUCGCCAGUUCGUUUGACAUUUACGGACCCAGAAAAAGAUUUUCUUCUGCCAGCAAUAAAUGGAACUAUGGGAGUUCUACAAGCUGCUCAUAAAUACAAUCAAAACCGUCCAAACACAAUAAAAAGAAUUGUGAUUACAUCGUCAUUUGCUUCAAUUAUUGAUAUAAGCAAAGGACUUCGAUCUGGCUAUUCCUACACCGAAAAAGAUUGGUGUCCAUUCACUUAUGUUGAUGGAUUGGCCGAAAAAAAUGAUAGUCUCACAGUUUAUCGGGCGGCGAAAACGUGUGCCGAACGUGCUGCAUGGGAAUUUCUUGACAAAGAAAAGCCUUCUUUUACUAUUGCAACCAUCUGUGAACCGAUGGUGUUUGGCCCACGCGUCAAUGGUUUCAACUCAUUGGAUGAUAUGAAUAGUUCGAAUUUGCCCAUCUGGUCACUAAUUACAAGUGAUAAGAAUGCCAAAAUGCCUGAAACAAAAUUGAUUUUUGAAAUUGAUGUAAGAGAUGUGGCUUAUACACACGUGGCAGCUCUAGAACAGUGCACUGACACAAGCCAGCGGUAUUUAAUAGCAGCAGGAACUUGGAGUUAUCAAUCAGUAGCGGAUAUUAUUCACGAAAGCUUUCUGAUUCCGGAAAGUAUGAAGAACACAACACCGAUUGGUACAAAAGGUCAACAACUGCCGCCUCAUUAUACCAUAGAUAGUUCCAAAGCGCAAAAAGAUUUGGGUGUUACAUACAUUCCAUUGAUCAAAACAAUCGAAGAUUUAAUGCUACAGUUUAUCAAACUCAAGGAAAAACUGGCACAUGAAUGA